UAUUAAAUCACACAGACAGAGACAAGCACACAGCACACAUCUAACCACUUCCAGCAUUAUUCUGAAAGGGGGAAAAAAGAUGUUCGCCAUUAUGCCAUUUUUAAUUAUCGUCCUGUCAUCAGACUACACCAAAGGUGAAAUAGAGCUGCGUGCUGUCAAACACCAGACAGUGAAUUGCAAUGAGAGGACUGUCUUACAAUGCAAUAUCAGCUCAUCAAUGCCAUUGAGCAUUGUUAAAGUAUACUGGAAAAAAACAGAAGACAAAGAUUUUGAAUGUGAUCCAACAUCCAGCAAUAGACCUCCAGGAUUUGAGUGCAACUACACAGGAGAAGCACUGACAUUAACCAUCUCAAAUCCUACACCAGCAAACAUGGGCUCGUAUUUUUGUUGUAUAAAGGCAGACUCUGGACAUGGAGCAAAAGAAAUCAAUGUAUCUAUAGGACAAUGCAUCGGAGAAUUCUCCCACCAGAUGCCUGAACCCAAACAAAUGCAGUGUAGCUUUAAUGGUGUGUACCCAGAGGGCAUGAUAAACUGGUUUCAUUAUGACAAGAACCUGACUUCCAGCUCUACAGUCACAAGUCUGGUGAACUCUGAUGGAACGUUCAGCAUCACAAGUGUCCUAAACAUCCAGGACGAUCAAGAGAAAUAUAAAUGCUCACUGUGGUCUCUCAAACACGGAAAAUACCUUAAAGAUCAAGAGUUUGAAGUACCAGUUCAUGCUGAUUCCAGGCCCAUUAGCAGGAUCAGCACACAGCAUUGUUUGUCAUGGACUCUUAUCUUUCUUUGCCUGAUGUUUUGAUUGAAAGCCUGUUUGUCUCCAACUAUCUAAGACAUGGCCACAGGAUACAGUAGUGAACUGACAACUGACCCACAGCUUCUCUCUUACUGCAUUAUGACUAUUAAUUGCACUGACAUGAAAAACCCAAACUAUUUCAAACUGCAUUUUGCAAAUGUUCUCAAUUAAUCAAUCUCAAAUGAAUUGAAAGACUACUGAAUAUAAAAAUGAUGAAAAGCUUAGUUAUUUUAGUAUCAUUGAGACACUCUUGUCGUUUUUAUUAAAUAGUAUAUAUUAGUUUUG